GCCUGUUUCCUCCUUUAUUCCUCCCAGCCUUCCUGGCUUCCUGCUCUUUCUGCUUGCCCGCGUUGGUUUGGAUUGAUCCAGAGUUCCUCUUAACCCCUUACUUUCUUUUUUGUCUUUUUCUUGUUCUGACAUCUUUCUUUCCUACGGCACCUUUCUCCUCCCGCAGACAGACUACUAGUUGUUUGUAGCGGGCAAGGGAGAGCGGCUGGCUAGCACAAAUUGUGUGGGGAGGUGUCUCGGCCCCUCUGAGCCUGUGAGUCAGCACUGUCCUUGGGAUUGGUCUCGCUUCCUAGUUCCCCGCCCCUGGGGAGGAGCCAGUUAGCUCUGGGUCCAGCCUGUACUCCUUAACCAGAAGAGGCUUCCUCGCUGGGCUGGGCAAGGAUGUGGCCUGAAAUUGUCGAUGUCUGACGUGGGAGAGCAGAAGCCACUUGUCCUUCGCCUCCCUAGGUCCUCUUGUUAUCACCAGGCUGCAGAGGUCAGAUCAGCCUGAGGGCCUGGGGAUGCCCCCUGCCUGGCCCCCUUGCCUGAAUUUGGCAGGGGGGCCAGGCAGCAGCCCCCCUUCUCACCCCAGCCAUGGAUCUUCUACCCCCCAAGCCGAAGUACAACCCUCUUCGAAAUGAGUCUCUGUCAUCGCUGGAGGAGGGGGCUUCAGGGUGUACCCCCACAGAAGAGCUGCCUUCCCCAUCAGCCUCAUCCCUGGGACCCAUUCUGCCUCCUCUGCCAGGGGACGAUAGUCCGACUACCCUGUGUUCCUUCUUUCCCCGGAUGAGCAACCUGAAGCUGGCCAAUCCUGCUGGGGGGCGCCUGGGGCCAAAGGGGGAGCCAGGAAAGGCUGCUGCAGAUGGGGAAGGGAAUGCAGGGGCAGCCCUUCGGGACUCAGGCCUCUUGCCCCUCCUCCAGGACAUGAACAAGCUGAGUGGAGGCGGCGGGCGCAGGACUCGAGUAGAAGGGGGCCAGCUGGGGGGCGAGGAGUGGACCAGACACGGGAGCUUUGUCAAUAAGCCCACACGAGGCUGGCUGCAUCCCAACGACAAAGUCAUGGGACCUGGGGUUUCCUACUUGGUUCGGUACAUGGGUUGUGUGGAGGUCCUGCAGUCAAUGCGAGCCCUUGACUUCAAUACCCGGACGCAGGUCACCAGGGAGGCCAUCAGCUUGGUGUGUGAAGCUGUGCCUGGUGCCAGAGGAGCGACAAGGAGGAGAAAGCCCUCUAGCCGCCCACUCAGCUCCAUCCUGGGGAGGAGUAACCUGAAGUUUGCUGGAAUGCCAAUCACUCUCACUGUGUCCACCAGCAGCCUUAACCUCAUGGCAGCCGACUGCAAACAGAUCAUUGCCAACCAUCACAUGCAAUCUAUCUCAUUCGCGUCUGGUGGGGAUCCGGACACAGCUGAGUAUGUUGCCUACGUUGCCAAAGACCCUGUAAAUCAGAGAGCCUGCCACAUCCUGGAGUGUCCUGAAGGGCUCGCUCAGGAUGUCAUCAGCACCAUCGGUCAAGCCUUUGAGUUGCGCUUCAAACAAUAUCUCAGGAAUCCACCCAAACUGGUCACCCCCCAUGACAGGAUGGCUGGCUUUGAUGGCUCGGCUUGGGAUGAGGAGGAAGAAGAGCCACCUGACCAUCAGUACUAUAAUGACUUCCCAGGGAAGGAACCCCCUCUCGGCGGGGUGGUAGACAUGAGGCUUCGAGAAGGGGCUGCUCGACCCACUCUGCCCACUGCCCAGAUGCCCAGCCACUUGGGAGCUACACUGCCUGUAGGGCAGCAUGCUGCAGGAGACGCUGAAGUCCGUAAACAGAUGCUGCCUCCACCACCUUGCCCAGGCAGAGAGCUCUUCGAUGACCCUUCCUAUGUCAACAUCCAGAAUCUAGACAAGGCCCGCCAAGCUGGGGGUGGGUCCGGGCCUCCGAAUCCUUCUGUUAAUGGUAGUGCACCGCGAGACCUCUUUGACAUGAAGCCCUUUGAAGAUGCCCUUCGGGUGCCUCCACCUCCCCAGUCCAUGUCCAUGGCUGAGCAGCUCCAAGGGGAGUCCUGGUUCCAUGGGAAGCUGAGCCGGCGGGAGGCUGAAGCCCUGCUCCAGCUCAACGGUGACUUCUUGGUGCGAGAGAGCACAACCACACCUGGCCAGUACGUGCUCACUGGCCUGCAGAGUGGGCAGCCCAAGCACCUCCUUCUGGUGGACCCUGAAGGUGUGGUUCGGACAAAAGAUCACCGCUUUGAGAGCGUCAGUCACCUCAUCAGCUACCACAUGGACAAUCACUUGCCCAUCAUCUCCGCGGGCAGCGAACUGUGUCUCCAGCAACCCGUGGACCGGAAAGUGUGAUCUUCAGUCUGUCCUGAAUGCCUUCCACCCCUUUCCACCGCGUCCUCUAACUCCUGGGACCUCUGUUUGUGCUCACCUGAGACAGGGAAUUUUAGUUAGGAACCUGGGGUAGCAACCUGCUUCUGCCCAAACCUCACCAAAGUAUUAAUGUACAGAGUGGUCCCUUGCCUGGGCCUUGUCUGUGCCAACCUGAUGCCCUUUCCCCCAAAGGGUAGGUUCUUAAAAUGGAAAAAGACCCAGUGGAGCAAUUGCCCUUUGGGGGAAGGGAAGUAAUCAUACCUCUGGUUUACCCCUGGUCUUCAGGGUACCCCAGAUUCCUUUUAACAUAUCCUAUUCCCUAUGCAUCCCUUACAACUUUGUGCCUUUGACUAUCUCCUAGGUCUGCAGAUACUUUAUGCAAAGAGUUCUCAGGCCUUUCGUUGUGGAUAAGGGUUGCUGACGCCUUGGCUCUGAAACCCUGCCAUGCUCAGCACCCCCUUCUGUGUUUGGGGAGAAUAGGGGCAGGAGUGGCAGCUAUCUCCUCUGCCUUUUGGUUGUGCAGCCCUUAAGAGAUUGCCCCAAGCUGGGCUUGGUGGCACAUGCCUUUAAUCCGCACUCAGGAGGCAGAGACAAGAAGAUUUGUGAGGCCAGCCUGGUCUGCAAUAGAGUGAGUUCCAGAACAGUCAGGGCCAUGUAAAGAGACCCUGAGUUCAAAAACCAAAAAGAAAGAGACCGAGAUUGCCUCAGAGCCCCCUCCUGGUGGUGGAGGGGUGAGAGGCAGGUUUGGACCCCUCCCCUGUUUGCAUGUGUGUUAGUCUCCAGCCAAAGUAUAGCCCUUCUGCCGGCAGCCCCAUCCAGUCUCCCUCUUUUGGGAUGGGGUAUGUGACUGACAUGGGCCCCCAGGAUGUGUACAGUUAGCCUCGAGGUGGGUUUCGUGGAGGCACUGAGACCGAAGCAGUAGACAAUCCCCAGUACUAUUGGUAGGUCUGGAACUGCACUUUUUUUUUUUUUUUACACGCAUACAUUUUAGGGCUGUAGAUUUAUUUUUCUGGGUUUGUUUCUGUUGCUUACUUUUGAGCACAAAUUAUGAUAGUGGAUUUAUAUAUCACCUCGUUGAGUUUUCCAAGCCUUUUUUUUUUUUUUACAACUGUUGAGAUUUUACUCGAUCUGGCCUAAAAGUAACUAGGACAGGAUUUAUUUUUCUUAUUCCUCAAGAGAACUGAGCAGAAGUUUGGUUAAACAGUGUUGUGGGGUCAUGAUGUGAAAGCUUACUUCAGAUCCUACCUUCCGCUUGCAGGCCAAUGCAGCCAGGACAGAAAUCUUGCAAGUUCACUCUGUAGGCCUUGUGAACAAGGGGGGUAGACUGGUUUUCAGUCUUGGCCGUCGCCUAUUUUUGGUUUGGAUGUCUUAUACCAAAGGGAAAUAGUCUUCAUUAAAGUCCUUAUUUCUUCUA